AUGUUAAAUUACAACAAACAUUGUCGUCCAGUAAAAAACAAUUCAGAUCUUGUUACUGUUAAACUUGGUCUUAAACUGAUACAAAUUGCCGACGUUGACGAGAAAAAUCAAAUAAUGCAAACACAUGUUUAUGUACUUCAUGAAUGGAUGGAUUUUAAUUUUGUUUGGAAUCCAAAAGACUAUGGAGGUGUUGACAGAAUUCAAAUUCCUAGCGAUCAGAUUUGGAAACCCGAUUUAGUUCUUUAUAAUAAUGCAGAUGGUGCCUAUCAGAUAACGACCAGAUCAAAAGCUGUGAUACGAUAUGAUGGACAAGUUCAAUGGAAUCCACCAAUGAUUUAUAAAUCUUAUUGUUCAAUUGAUAUUCAAUAUUAUCCAUUUGAUAUUCAAAAUUGUACCAUGAAAUUUGGUACAUGGACAUAUCAUGGUUUGCUAGUUAAUUUAAUAUUUAUCACAGAAAAUAUACCUAUUAUCGAACAAGGUUGGGACUUGGAAGAAUUUCACUCAUCAAUUGAAUGGGAAAUUUUAAAUUUGCGUGCCAUUCGUCACGAAAAAGUAUAUCAAUGUUGUGUUGAGACCUUUAUCGAUUUGACAUUUACAUGUACCGUCCAACGAAAACCAUUAUUUUACAUUGUAAAUCUCAUUGUUCCAUGUGUAAAUAUAUCCGUAUUGGCCGUUUUAGUAUUUCUAUUACCUAGUGACAGUCGAAAAAAGAUCACGUUAAGUAUAUCCAUUCUUGUUGCACUACUUGUCUUUUAUUUAUUAUUAAUCGAAUUGAUUCCUCCAACAUCGUUGGUAAUACCAUUACUUGGCAAAUAUCUUCUAUUUACACUUGUUCUCGUUAAUUUAUCCAUAAUACUCACGAUUAUUACAUUAAAUGUUCAUUUUCGACGUUAUCCAACAAAUUUAUUACCAAAAUGGUUACGUCUGUUUCUAAUUUGUUAUUUGCCAAAAAUAUUGUUCAUGGAACGUCCACCGAAACCGAACAAACCAUCAUUGAACUAUGAGAAAAACAACUUUUCAUCACAUUUUUUCUCCUCUGAUGCGAUUCUUGAAGAUGAAACAAGUUUUUCGAAUUUAAAUUGUACAGAAACGGUUAGAAGUAAUACAGCAACAAAUCAUACAUUAUCACAUAGCAAAAAUAAACAUACGACUACUGCUACAACAUGUGAUCAUCAACAACUACUCUCCUCUUUUCAUACAGAUGAAUGUCGACAACAUUUGGCAAGAGUGACCGCCGACCAUAUAGAUUACAUUGCUGAACAAAUGAAACAUGCUAAAUUAGAAAAAGAGAUAGCCGAAGACUGGCGUUUCAUCGCUCUCGUUCUUGAUCGUCUAUUUUUAAUUAUAUUUGCAUUUGUUAGCGUAGUUGGCACAUUGAUAUCGUUAUUAAAAGCUCCAUCCAUAUACAAUCAAAGAAAACCAGUUGAUCCCUAUUGUUAUUUAUAUUAUCCACCGAUUAAUGAUUCCAUAUGGACGAAAAGAUGUAUUACAGAAUUGAAUAACAGGUAG